GAUCCACAGAAACGCCAAACUGACUCCUAAUUAUCCCUAUAUUAUAUUUGCAUUAGCACUACGUUGUUCCGCUAGGGAUCCAGACUGCCUGAACUUUUUUCCUGUUAGGAAAGUUAAUAAUCCUUUAAAAUGUUCCUUCUUGUUCUUAUAGAUGUGGACGAGUGUUUUCCUGAUCAGAUAUCUGCUGAAUAUAAACACCUUGCUCACAAUUGUCACGUGGAUGCCAACUGUUCCAACACAAAUGGAUCAUUCUACUGCAUGUGUCAUACGGGAUACUCUGGAGAUGGAGUCACGUGCACAGAUAUCAACGAAUGUGACCCAUCUGGAUUGUCAUCUGAGUAUCAACACUUCGCUCACAUUUGUCAUGACGAUGCUAACUGUACAAACACAAAAGGAUCUUACCAUUGCGCAUGCCUGGACGGAUAUUCAGGAAAUGGAAUCUCCUGCCAAGAUAUUGAUGAGUGCUCCGUUGGAACACACAACUGUCAUGUUGAUGCAAACUGCACCAAUACAAAGGGAUCAUUCUACUGCACGUGUUAUACGGGAUACUCUGGAGAUGGAGUCACCUGUGAAGAUAUCAAUGAGUGUCAUGUGAACAGUUUAUCUCAAGAACAUGUGGAUAAAUAUUCCCACAACUGCCACGUAGAUGCUAACUGCACCAACACCAAAGGAUCAUUCUACUGUACAUGUCAUACGGGAUACUCUGGAGACGGAGUCACUUGCAUAGGUACAAACUAUGUUUUCACAAUAACAUACAAAGUAAUGAUAACUGUUUGCUGUUAUGAAAAUGACGAUACCUGA